AUGAAUAGCUCGUCAAACUCAACAGCAUCGCCUUCCUUGCCUAAAGGUACCUCAGCAAUGCCUGGUAUAACUCCUUUCACUCAAAUCACUUACUCUGUAAUCGCUACAGUGGCGUUUCUUGGAAAUACGUUAGUAAUUUGUGUCUUUGGACGAGAGCGAACACUAUUGAAGAAAUCCUAUAACAUUUUGAUACUGACCCUGGCCAUAGCAGAUGUUCUGACAGCCACCCUUUUAGUUACAAACCCAGCGUUUGUUCUUGGUGACUCGUUUCCGUACCCAACUAAUCACGUCAUGGGAGAGAUCUUCUGCAGAUUUUUUUGGGAUCGCGUUUUUCUUUUCCAGCUUGUGAUUUUCUCAGCGUACAUUUGCUUGGCUCUGUCAACGGAGCGUUGGUAUGCGGUGGUAAAGCCUUUCAAUUACAGCAACACUUUUAACACUAAAAGAACUCUCAUUUACAUUCUCGCGGCUUGGGUGUGGUCGCUUAUUCUAUGCGGUAGCACGUUUUUCGAAGUCGGUUACGUUCCGUCAAAUCCACCAAGUCGGCGUUGCAAGUGGUUAUUUUUGUGGGGUAAACAGCCGACCCGGGCGAUUGUAGGCAUAAUUCAAGUCUUUUUCAAAAUGAUUUUCCCUUGUUUAACCAUGCUUGCCUUAUACGGGCACAUGGUCUUCAAGACCACCUUGUUCACCGCCUCUUCAGCAGAGAGCAGGGCCAAAAUGCGCGGGAAAAUUACGCGUAUGGUGGGUCUCGCCUGCCUGAUGUUGACUGUAUGUUUGGCGCCCAGUCAGACCAACUACGCGCUGGCAAUGGCGGGAAAGGCGAAACUUGAUAACAAACUUCAUCAUGGACUUUCGCUUCUUGUCUUCAUCAACAGCUGUGCAAAUCCCUUCAUUUACGUGCUGAGCAACAGGAAUUAUCGACUUGUAAUCUGGAAACUCCUUUCUGCAUGUGGCGGACGUGACCGAAGAAAUAUUUUGAACCAUGGUAGAAUUCAUCCUGAGCUCUUGGGAACAAGCUCAGAAAAUAAAGGGGCUGGAGACAAAUAUAUGGCGGAGGAAACACAAUUUUAA